GAUCCAGUCCUGCGAAAUAAAAUAAACCUGUGCAGUUUGACACAAAUGCGACAUAACCUCACUUGGUACCAACAGAAUCCCAUCAAUCGAUCACUCGUACCACUCGUGUCUACCAACAGUGUCAAUCAAGACUUCGAGAGGUAGAGAAGCGCACGGGCGCAUCUCUAGAAUGCAGCUGGCAUCAUGACAAUAACAUCUAUAUCCCGAAUCACGACUGAACGUCGCCUGCCCACGCCUCCUGAGAAUGGCCAGUCAGAUUCGCAACCAAGAAUUUACGCUGCCCCCGACUUUCCUUUCAGAGGCUGGCAACCUCCCCAGCCAGAUGGCUACCGCCAAAGCGCCGCAAAUCCAUCCGAGAACGCGAUAGUGAUCGACAAUGGGGCAAGCACCAUCAAGGCCGGUUUCUCUUUUGACAAAAACCCUCGAUUUCUCAUCCCACCUCUCGUUGCGAAGUACAAAGACAGGAAGUUCAACAAAUAUUGCAUGUUUGUUGGCCAUGAUGCCUACGCCGACGCGACGACUAGAGGACAGAUCAGAACCGCCUUCGAGCAGAACACCAGUAUCCCAACCAACUGGGACAUAAUGGAGAACAUAUAUGAUUACAUCUUUCUGAAGUUGGGCGUGAACAAUGAAGGAAGUGUGGAUAGGCCCCUGGUCUUGACAGAACCGGUUGGCAACCUGGGCCACAGCAGAAGGAUGAUGAAUGAGAUGCUAUUUGAGUGCUAUGGCGUUCCGAGCGUGACAUACGGCAUCGACAGUUUGUUUUCUUUCCGCCAAAACAAAGGGACCUCGGGACUGGUCGUGUCCUCGUCACACACGUCAACCCAUAUCAUCCCUGUCCUCGAUCGAAACCCACAGAUGCAGUCCUGCGCACGGUUGAAUUGGGGAGGGUCACAGGCGCAGGAGUUCCUUUUCAAGCUGAUCCGUCUGAAGUAUCCCAACUUCACCGGAAAAAUGACUACUGAGCAGAUGGAAUCCUACAUCAAACAAUAUUGCUAUCUGUCAAAUGAUUACUCUUCCGAGCUCUCCACAUACCUCGACUGGAGUGGACUGGAAGAAGAGCGAGACAUUAUUAUACAGUAUCCUUUCACCGAGCAGGUUGUGGUGGAGAAAUCGGCCGAAGAAUUGGCGAGAAUCGCCGAGCGGAAGAAAGAGUCUGGCCGACGACUACAGGAACAAGCUGCUAAGAUGAGGCUCGAAAAGCUCAUCAGGAAGGAGCAACAAUUGGAGUACUACCAGCAAUUGCACGAGUCUUUCGUCAAUGCACCUACCAAGAAGGAACAAAGAAGAAUUCUAGAUGACGAAGAACUCAAAGAUGAAGCAGCCUUGGAAAGAAUCAUCAGAGAUCUUGAUAAAUCCAUCAAGAAAUCGAGAAAUAAAGACUUGGGCGGGGCGGAAGAAGAGGAAACACUCGAAGAACAACUGAACAAAUUUCCUCUUCUGGAUGUGCCGGAUGAUCAAUUAGAUGAAGAUGGUAUCAAAGAAAAGAGACAUCAAAGGCUAAUGAAGUCCGGUGUCGAGGCAAGGAUCAGAGCCAAAGCGGAAAAAGAACGAGAACGGGCUAGGAUCGCGGAAGAGGAGAGGCAAGAUAUUGAGAUGCGUGAAAAUAAAUUCGAUCAAUGGCUCGCAGGCCGUCGCGAACAGCGCGAGUCCCUCUUGGCUAGGAUCAAAGAGCAGGCACGGCUCAAAGCAGAUUCGGGUAAUCGAAAAGGUAUUGCUUCCCAGAUGCGCAUGAAGACUCUGGCAAAUCUUGCUGCGGAUGGACCCAAGCGGAAACGUCGAGGCGGCGGAGAAUACGACGAUGACUUUGGGGCCAACGACGAGGACUGGGGUGUUUACCGUACAGUGGCUACUGAACCCGCCAGUGACGACGAAGAGCCCGAGGAAGAUCCCCUGGCAGCCUUGAAAGCGGUGGAAAGCGAACUUUUGCAAUUCGACCCCGACUUCCAGGAGAAGGAUACUCUGGAGGCCCAGAAUGACUGGACCAAGAGCGUCCUGCACGCUUUCCUUCGUGGAGCGAGGCCUGCAGACCCCGAGAGUCAACGAGAAGCCAAUCAGAUCCAUCUCAAUGUAGAAAGAAUUCGAGUUCCUGAGGUGGUCUUUCAGCCAGGCAUUGCCGGAGUUGAUCAGGCAGGUCUGGUGGAGAUUAUCGAAGGCAUUGUGACGGGGCGCUUUUCCGAUCCAACACAGCAACAGGCACUUCUGAGAGACGUUUUCUUGACGGGUGGGAACACCAUGUUCACCUCGUUCGAGGAUCGACUGAAGCGCGAGCUCAUUGCUAGCUUGCCCGAUACCUUGACGAUAGGCGUGCGAAAAGCCAAGGAUCCUAUUCUUGAUGCCUGGAAAGGGGCAGCGGGUUGGUGGAGUACUGGGGAUAAAGCAGAGAGAGAAGCGGCCACUGUCACACGGUCAGAAUACGCAGAGAAAGGAAGCGAGUACAUCAAGGAGCAUGAUCUGGGAAAUUUUGUGUCACCAGCUUACAGCUUUGGUUAAUCUCUACAACAACUUGGAAGGUUCGACAAAUUUUGGCGAGACUUCACCUGUCCGAAAGACGGCGGCAACCAUGGAGACAGACACACACACACCAUUCCUCGAGCUCCGGGCUUUUUUUCUCCGUGAAGCUCUCCUUCAAAAUCUGUCGGCCCCGUUGCCUUGACCUGAAUGCAUGCAAUACAUGAACUGUGCUAAGCUUCAGCGACGCAAGAGCGGGCAGGUCAAAAUUGGCCAUGCGGUACAUUGGGUACACAGUUCUACCACCCGCAUGUUGGUAGGGUCCCGAUCCGUGUACUAUCGAUUCUCUCUGGCCUAAUCCAUGAGCUGCUGGGGAUUUUAAAAAACGACGAGGUAGAGCCGGGUGUGGUAUUUGGAAUGUCUGCAUUAGCUGCUGCUGCCGCCGCUUCAUUAAAACAGACGAUGCUUGUUUGCCUUUCGCAAAACAGAACUCAGUCUCUCUCCUCAUCAAGAAGUCCUCGUGGUGGGCGAUCAAAUCCUUCGGCACACCAUGCUGUUGGUCCGUCAUUUACAGGCUCAGCGCAAAGAGAAAAUGGUCGCACAAGGUGGCCUGAAGUGAAGGAGGGGACGAAGGGGAUGAAGUGGUUGAGAGUUUCGUGUAACACAUAGCUACGGCUUAUGCAGUUCCGGGUACUUGCCUACAAGUAGGUAACCUUUACCGACUCAGAUCUACAGUACAAGUUCAC